GUCCAGCUGCGAGGGUCCAGUCUUCAUGCACUGGGAUUUUUCUCAGCGCCGACACCAAGUGAAUCUUUCUUUUAAAACCAUCUGAUAACCGUGCCUGCCAAAAAAAAGCCCACCAUGCGCGCCUCUUUGAAUCUUGACAGAACGGGACUCGUGAGGACAGAGUGCAGAUGUACAUAUAACGGGACGAGGAAACUGGAUGGUAUAAGGAUUUUUGCGCUAAUGAAGGUGGGAGUACAGGCGCAUCACUGGAGCGGGGUGCUGUUCUUCUAUAUGGGGCUGCUGGCUGCAUCGGUUAAGGCUCAAAACUGCAGUCACACACUACACAGUCCAAAUGGGACAAUAGAAAGCCCCGGAUACCCGUAUGGAUAUCCCAACUACGCCAACUGCACAUGGGUGAUUGUGGCACAGGAACACAACCGGAUACAGUUGGUAUUUCAAGGCUUUGCCUUAGAGGAGGACUUUGACAUCCUUUCAGUCUACGAUGGGCAACCUAGUCCAACAAACUUACGGACACGGUUGACAGGGUUUCAACUUCCCGCCCCUAUAGUCAGCACAGGACCCAGACUCACACUAUGGCUGCUGUCAGACUACGCCGUAAGUGGCCAGGGCUUCAAAGCCGUGUUUGAAGCCCUUCCAAGCUACACCUGUGGGAAUCCAGGUCAGCUGCUGAAUGGCAUGCAGCAGGGCUCUACUUUCAACAUCGGGGACAAGAUCCGCUACAGCUGCAACCAGGGUUAUGUGCUGGAGGGCCACACCGUGCUCUCCUGCCUGGCCACUUCCUCCGGCACCGCUGCCUGGGACUUCCCCCUGCCAUACUGCCGAGCGGACGAUGGCUGUGGCGGCACACUAAGGGGUCAAAGUGGAGUCAUCACCAGUCCAAAUUACCCCCAGGAGUACAACAACAAUGCGGACUGUACUUGGACCGUGCUGGCCGAACCAGGUGACACCAUCGCCUUGGUCUUCUCCAACUUCCAAUUGGAAGAAGACUAUGACGUCCUGGAAAUAACUGGCACAGAAGGAUCCUCUCAGUGGUUUACUGGUCCAAACCUGCCAUCACCCAUCAUCAGCAGCAAGAACUGGCUGAGACUCCACUUCACAUCCGAUGGAAACCACAGACUGAAAGGCUUCAGUGCUCAGUAUCAAGUGAAGAAGAUGACAGAACUGAAGUCCAGAGGGGUGAAGAUGCUGCCAAGUAAAGACAACCACAGCAAGAUAUCAGUUUUAUCACAGAUGGGGGUGGCGCAAGGACACAACAUGUGUCCAGACCCAGGAAUCCCAGAGAGGGGCAAAAGAAAAGGCUCUGAUUUCAGGCGGGGUGCUACUGUGCACUUUUCUUGUGAUGAAGGAUACGAGCUUCAGGGGUCUAAAAGCAUCACCUGCUUACGAGUUACGGACAGUUAUGUUGGCUGGAGUGAUGAUCGGCCUAUCUGCAGAGCUCCUAUGUGUGGUGGUCAGCUCCGUGGCCCUAGUGGCAUCAUCACCUCCCCAAACUUUCCAGUACAAUAUGACAACAAUGCUAACUGCACCUGGAUCAUCACAGCUUCGGACCCUUCCAAGGUGAUCAAGCUGACUUUUGAGGAGUUUGACUUAGAGCGGGGCUACGAUACUCUAACUGUGGGAGAUGGAGCUGUAAUCGGCGAUCAGCGGACAGUCUUUCAUGUGUUGUCUGGGACUACAACUCCAGAUCUGGUGGUCAGUACCAGCCAUCAGAUGUGGCUCAAUUUUAAAACGGAUGACACAAGUGGCUCCCUGGGCUUUAAGGUUUCUUACGAAGAAAUUAACCAGGGUGGAUGCGGAGACCCUGGAAUCCCAGCCUAUGGCAAGAGGGAAGGCACAGGCUUCCGACAUGGAGACAAGCUAUAUUUUGAGUGCCUUCCAGCCUUUGAGCUGGUAGGAAAAAAGAACAUUACCUGCCAGAAAAAUAAUCAGUGGUCAGCCAAGAAGCCAAGCUGUGUGUUUUCGUGUUUCUUCAACUUCACAACUCCAUCUGGAGUCCUGCUAUCACCAAACUACCCUCAGGAGUACGGAAACAAUAUGCACUGCGUGUGGCUGAUCAUCGCCAAACCCGAGAGCCGCAUCAACAUGGCCUUUAACGACCUGAGCAUGGAGAAACAGUUUGACUUCCUGUCCAUUAAAGACGGCGGCAAGGCAGAGUCACCAAUUCUGGGCACCUUUUCUGGAGAUGUGCUGCCAUCACCCAUCACUACCAGCGGCCACGUGGCCAGGCUGGAGUUUCUGACUGAUCAUACGUACACAGAACGCGGCUUCAACAUCACUUUCACAAAGGGGUUUAUGAAGACCCACGGUUCUCAGACCAUCUCCUGCAUUCUCAAAGAUGGAAAUGUUGUGUGGGACAAUGCUGUGCCACGUUGUGAAGCUCCAUGUGGUGGAAACCUCAAGGCUUCUAGCGGCAUCAUUCUGUCCCCAGGCUGGCCUGAGCUUUAUAAAGAAGCCCUCAAUUGUGAGUGGAUCAUCGAGGCUCCGCCAGGAUAUCCUAUUAAGAUCAUCUUUGACAAGUUCCGGACAGAGGUUAACUACGAUGUUCUCAAGGUACGGGACGGACGCUAUCCUUCUUCCCCUCUGAUUGGCAGUUACCAGGGUACACAGGUCCCUCAGUUUCUCAUCAGCACAUCCAGCUUCCUGUACCUGCUCUUCACCACCGACAAGAGUCACUCUGACAUUGGCUUCCGUAUCCGAUAUGAGACCUUGCAGCUCCAGUCGGACCAUUGCGUUGAUCCGGGAAUCCCAGUCAACGGUCAGCGGCACGGCAAUGAUUUCUAUGUGGGGGCGCUGGUGACGUUCAGUUGCGAAGCAGGAUACACCCUCAGUGACCAUGAGCCUCUUGAGUGUGAACCUAACUUCCAAUGGAGUCGCCCUCUGCCCAGCUGUGAUGCUCUUUGUGGCGGGUUUAUUCAGGGGAACAGCGGCACUAUUCUGUCCCCUGGGUUUCCUGACUUCUACCCCCAUAACCUCAACUGUACGUGGAUGAUUGAGACUUCACAUGGUAAAGGUGUCCAGUUUAUCUUUCACACCUUUCACUUGGAGAGUCCACACGACCACCUUUUAGUCACAGAAAAUGGUAGUUUCUCUCAGCCCCUGUGGAGAUUGACCGGGUCUACACUGCCACCCCUUCUCAGCGCUGGACUUUUUGGCAACUACACCGCUCAGAUCCGUUUCCUCUCAGACUUCUCUGUGUCCUAUGAGGGCUUUAACAUUACUUUCUCAGAAUACGAUCUGGAGCCUUGCGAAGAUCCCGGCGUCCCCCCCUUCAGCACUCGUAAGGGGCUGCAAUUCGGGGUGGGGGAUGCGCUUAUCUUUUCCUGUUUUCCGGGGUACCGUCUCGAGGGGCCUGUGAGGGUGGUGUGUCUAGGGGGGCGUCGACGGGUUUGGAGUUCCCCUCUGCCAAGGUGUGUUGCUGAAUGCGGAUCGUCUGUAACUGGGAAACAAGGAGUUUUACUCUCUCCCAACUACCCUGGUUACUACGGUAACAACCAUGAGUGCAUCUACUCCAUCCAAACCCAACCCAGUAAAGGGAUCCAGCUCAGAGCGCGGGAUUUCCGCCUGGAGGAAGACGACAUGCUUAAGGUGUAUGAUGGUAGCAGUAACAGUGCCAGACUGCUGGGCACCUUCACAGGCACAGAGAUGAUGGAUGUCACUCUAAACAGUACAUCCAGCACCAUGUGGCUGGAGUUCAUUAGCAACAGUGACAAUACCAGCAAAGGUUUUGAGCUGCACUUCACCAGUUUUGAGUUGGUGAAGUGUGAGGACCCAGGUGUGCCUCAGUUUGGUUUUAAACGGGAGGACAAAGGUCACUUCGCAGGCAGCACGGUGUCAUAUAGCUGUGAUCCUGGCUACACUUUAAAGGGCCCGGAGAUUUUGACAUGUCUCAGAGGGGAGAGGAGAGCAUGGGACAGCCCGCUCCCACUGUGUGUCGCCGAGUGUGGAGGAACGAUUAAAGAUGAGCCCAUGGGCCGGAUUCUGUCUCCUGGUUACCCAGCGCCUUAUGAGCACAACUUGCACUGUGUCUGGACCAUUGAGGCGGCACUUGGAAGCACCAUCGGGUUGCAUUUCCUGGUCUUCCACACAGAAGAGGUGCAUGAUGUUUUGCGGAUCUGGGAUGGGCCUCAGGACGGAGGUGUUCUGCUGAGAGAGCUGAGUGGCUCUACACUUCCUCCAGACCUCCACAGCACCUUCAACUCUGUCAGUCUGCAGUUUACAACCGACUUCUUCACCAGCAAGCAGGGUUUCGCUCUGCAGUUCUCGGUUUCAACUGCCACUUCUUGUAAUGAUCCUGGCAUUCCAACAAAUGGCACCCGCAUAGGAGACAGCAGAGAGCCAGGAGAUCAUGUGCUGUUCCAGUGCGAUCCCGGAUACCUCCUACAGGGGGCGACCAAAAUCACCUGUACCGAGAUCAACAACCGUUUCUUCUGGCAGCCUGAUCCACCCACCUGUUCUGCUCCAUGUGGAGGCAAUCUGACUGGUCCCAGUGGACUGAUCCUGUCCCCUGAAUACCCAGAGCCUUAUCCUCAUGGCAGAGAAUGUGACUGGACAGUAACAGUAAUGCCAGAUCACAUCAUAUCACUCACUUUUAAUCACUUUAGUUUAGAGCCAAGCUACGACUUCCUGCAUGUCUACGAUGGGCCUGAUUCUCUCAGCCAUCUGCUGGGCAGCUUUUACGGCACGGACGUCCCUGAGCGCAUUGAGAGCAGCUCCAACACUCUCUUCCUGGCCUUCCGCAGUGACGCCUCACUCAGCAGCAAUGGAUUUGUCCUGCAGUACACUGAAAAUCCCAGAGAGUCGUGCUUUGAGCCAGGCCUGGUGCGUAAUGGUACUCGUGUUGGUACUGAGCUGAAGCUGGGGGCAACUGUCACCUAUUACUGUGACAGCGGCUAUACGCUGGAGGGAGACGCCACUCUCACUUGCAUCAUGGGGGGAGACGGCAAGCCCGGCUGGAACAAACCAAAACCUGUUUGCAUAGCUCUGUGCGGUGGUCAGUAUUCAGGGUUGGAGGGGGUGGUGCUCUCCCCUGGUUAUCCUGGAAACUACAGCAGUGGCAGGACUUGCCUGUACUCCGUCAUUGUGCCGAAAGACUAUGUGGUGUUCAGCCAAUUUGCAUUCUUCCAGACUGCACUAAAUGAUGUUGUGGAGGUGUAUGAUGGGCCUACCCAGCAUGCCCGUGUCCUGAGUUCUCUCUCUGGGGCCCACACAGGUGAAUCUUUGCCACUAGCCACCUCCAACCAGAUCCUUAUCCGCUUCUUUUCCAAGGGCCAGUCGAGCUCAAGAGGGUUCCACCUGGUCUACCAAGCUGUCCCGAGAACCAGUGCAACACAGUGUAGCUCAGUCCCAGAGCCCAGACACGGCAGGCGCACGGGGAACAACUUUGCAGUGGGAGCCGUGGUGAGUUUUGAAUGCAAUGCAGGAUACGUCCUGGAGGGGCCCAGUGCCAUCGAGUGCCUGACUGUACCCAACGCUCUGGCCCAGUGGAACGGCAGCAUGCCCAGCUGCAUUGUGCCAUGUGGAGGGAAUCUAACCCAGCGGAUAGGCACUAUUCUGUCCCCUGGCUAUCCUGAGCCCUACCUGAACAGCCUGAGCUGCGUAUGGAAGAUCAGCGUGCCAGAGGGAAUGGGAAUCCAGAUCCAGGUGAUUAGCUUUGUGACUGAGCAGAACUGGGACUCUCUCGAGGUGUUUGAUGGGGGUGACAGCACUGACACCAUGCUGGGGAGCUUCUCAGGUACAACAGUUCCAGCCCUCUUAAACAGCACCUCCAACCAGCUCUACCUGCACUUCUUCUCAGACAUCAGCGUCUCUGCAGCUGGUUUCCGUCUAGAGUACAAGACUGUGUCCCUCACUAGCUGUCCUGAACCAGUAGUACCCAUGAAUGGCUUCAAAGUGGGCGAGAGACUCCAGAUGAACAGUGUGGUGUCUUUCCAGUGUGACCCUGGAUAUACUCUGCAGGGAGUCUCCCAUAUCUCUUGCAUGCCAGGGCCUGUGCGCCGCUGGAACUAUCCGCCUCCUCUCUGCAUCGCUCAGUGUGGGGGAAUCAGAGAAGUAAUGGAAGGCACCAUCCUCAGCCCUGGUUUCCCAGGAAACUACCCUAGCAACAGUGACUGCACCUGGAGGAUUUACUUGCCAGUCGGUUACGGGGCUCAUUUGCAGUUCUUGAACUUUUCCACUGAGGCCAACCAUGAUUUCCUGGAAAUUAGGAAUGGACCUUUUGACACCAGCACAGUGAUUGGCAAAUUCAGUGGGCAGGACUUACCACCAUCUCUUCUAACCACUUCACAUGAGACUACUAUGUAUUUCCAUAGCGAUCACUCUCAGAAUAAGCCUGGCUUCAGAUUUGAUUAUCAGGCCUAUGAACUUCAAGAGUGUCCUGAUCCUGAACCCUUCCGCAAUGGUGUGGUGGUUGGGGCUGGUUAUAAUGUGGGUCAGUCCAUCUCAUUUGAGUGCUAUCCAGGGUAUCAGCUGAUGGGACACUCCAUUCUUACCUGUCAACAUGGCACUACGCGCAACUGGGAUCAUCUGUUUCCUCGCUGUGAAGUGCCCUGCGGAGGUAACAUUACAUCAGACAAUGGCACUAUCUUCUCCCCCGGUUACCCAGAGGAUUACUCCACUUCUGCGGACUGCAGCUGGCUGAUUACGGUAGCACACGGCCUGGGCAUCCGUCUUAAUUUCACCCUCCUGCAAGUCCAUGGCCCCCAAGAUUUCAUCACAGUCUGGGAUGGACCACAGGAAACAGCCCGCAAACUUGGAGUGUUUACCGAAGGAGAGCCCAACAACCCACCAAGCAGCACAUCUAAUCAAGUUCUGAUACGUUUCCGAAGCUAUUCUGAGAAAGGUGGACUGUUCAAGAUCAACUACCAAGCCUAUAGACUUCAGUUUUGUUUGCCACCUCCUAUCAUUCCUAACGCAGAAAUUCUGAUGGCCAGUAAAGAAUUUAAAAUAGGUGAUAUUGUGCUUUACAGAUGUCUCCCAGGAUAUCAUCUGAAUGGGAACAGCAUUCAAACCUGUCGCCUGGGGACUCAUCUUGAGUUUGAAGGACCUCCAACUUCAUGUGAUAGUCCUUCACGGCAGAGUCCACUGCUCAUUUCUCUAAGUGGGAACUAUUCAUCUCCCUUCAGUAUUACUAGCACUGCAAACAAGGUUUACCUGCACUGGUCUUUCGAUCACACUUCCAGCCACAAGGGCUUUCGAAUCCGCUACUCAGCGGCAUACUGCAGUACCCCGGACCCUCCGGUGAACGGCUCGGUGCAUAGCCAGACGGGCACGAAACUUGGCAGUACCUUGCGCUUCAGCUGUGACCGGGGUUUCAACCUGAUUGGCCAGACCACCACCACUUGCACCCGCACCCUGCAGGGCAUCUACCAAUGGAACGCUCCAGUACCGCUUUGCCAAGAGUCUCCUCAGAAAGAGGCAGUUAUCAUCCACUAA